AUGAGUCAAACCUACUCACACUUGAUUGUCGUUCCAUCGGACCUUGUAGACCACUCGGAAUUUACAAAGCCCAACCGUGAUACCUUUCUUGGAAAAUACACUUCCGAUGGAGGCAAAAACUACCAAACGUUGCAGGAAGCACAACAAGCUUGUUUAGUCAGUGAUGAAGCCAGUGGUAUUACCAAGGAACGAAAGAAUACAUAUACCCUCCGGCUGAGCAAUCGGUUGCAAGGAUCGCCCAAUGGCGAAAUCAGUUGGUUGAAACGUUCCAGCGCACCGGAUGGAUAUGCCGAUCCAGAAGAACCUUUGGAGAACAAUACCGGUGCCCCUUCCGAUUUUCAUCCGCCAAUAUUUAUACCCGAGUCGGCGAUGAACAAAUUGCCCAAAUGGUACAAAGAUUCGAAUCUUCCUGGGAACGGCAUGAGGUCCAAGUUGGAUCAAGACAGAUGGGACUCUAUCGAUCGAGUUUUUUCUAGUUUGGUGGCAGGCGACACGCAUGGUACCCAUGGUCGGUAUCUCACCAGCAAAGCAAAGAUUAUCGAAAUGGGUGGCGGAUUUGCUAAUUUGAAUGAUGAUAUCGCUCGUUGGAAUAAACGAGGGAUUGGGGCAGAAGCCUUGAUGAACUAUGAGGCCUGGUUUGGGAGUUUGUCGCCGGAUGAUUUGGGCAAGGCAUUUGGAUACCACCCUGCCUACAUUGCGAGAUAUACGGGAAAUGGAAACUUUGAACAGCACGUCUUGUUUGCCGAUCGAUACGAAAACUCCUGCAAACUUGUCUUGGAGUUGGAGGAAGAGUUGCCUGUGCAGGAGGUAGGUUGGACCUUUACACCUUGGGAUCGUAACAAUUGCACUAGUUUCCAAGUCACGACAAUGGAUGCUACUGGGAGCAAAUCAUCAUGGGCAUCCGUAGAUGUGCCUCGAAGCACCGCUGUCCAGGUCAUUCAGAGUGUCCAGGCCAAAACAGGCUUUGAUUUGACGCCAGCCAUUGGAGAAAUUGAACCGGCUGUGCGUUCGAGUCGUGAUGUAUACAAGGCAGCGUUGAACAAGACAACAAGAGAAGGAGCAGAUUCGUUUACCAAGGUAUCGACCAUGGAUGGAUACACGAAUCCAAAAGAUCCAGAAAUGCUAUUGCAGCCAACCAAUUCCUACGACGAGCUGUACGAAGAUGCAGCACACGCACAACGAUUUGUCAAGGAGGUAGUGGCUCCCAACACGGACUGGUCGCGAACGGAGCUAAAUGAGGAAUGGAAGCAGAAUUAUGACGAGGAGCAUGGCGAGGGUGCUCAUCGCAACUUUCAAGCCAUCAAAUCUUCCGAUGGGUUGAUCCAGGGUCUGCAAACAGUGGUUGACCCUGGUCUCAAGUCAAAAGAACGAUCCAUGGCCAAGGCUUUGUACAAAUACAAGCGCCCGGAUGGCACAGUUCGGUGGAGGCGUCUUCGGGAUCUCAGUCGACUUGCUGUCGAGUUUGAGGAUGCACCGUCGCUUCUCAAGGGUAUGGAAGUCAUUGAAGGUUCCUUUGAAGUUCUGCAGUGUGAAAAUCGAUUUCGACAACCGACUGCCUUGGGGUGGCGUGACAUUAGCUUUCUCCUCAAGGUUCCAGUUCCAACUCCAAGACAAUGGCACAUCACAGAGGUACAGUGUUACCUCAAGGAUUUUGCUGAUGCACGGUCUAUGGCACAUGGUUAUUACGAAACGAUUAGAAGCAAAUUACCGGAUAUUUGCAGUAUCCCGAUCAAUCAACUGGACAAUGUUCAAUACAUAGUCAACGAGGAACUUGUCGAAGGCUAUCAAGUGCACCGAGGCGAAGGUCAGGAAGGGAAACAUACCAUUUCAACGACCAUGGCACGUAGGGGAACGCCAACUCCUACGAGAACAAUUGAAAUUGAUUUCGAAGAUACUGGAAAUGGUGGCUAUGGUGGCCAACGCAUUGUUUUUUUGCAUGUCCUUGGGCCAAGCUCAGGACACUGA